GUUUUUUUCAUCCCUUGAAAUUUUAAUUUUUUUUAUAAAUUCAUAAUGUCGCCAUUUCUUCUGUUGGCGCGUUCGUAUUUGUAGUGUGUGUUGUGUAUGGUUAGCUGCUAUGACGGGUGUGGUGCCAUGCAGGAUAUGCUUACUCUUCUAGACACCUGAGUGAUACUACUUUUCAUUAUGAAAUACCUACUCACUUAUGAUUGAUAUACUCUCCCAUGAAAAAUUCGGUAUUUGUUGACCCGUCUAAUUGUCCACACCUCGUAUUGUAUGCUGGCUUUCUGCGCUCUAACUUCAGCCCAGUGAAUGUUACCGAAAAUGUUUCGUUUACUUGAAUUUACACUCCCAACUUUAGUUUUCCAAUGUGGCAGCAUACAUGGCUCAUCACGUCUAUAGUUCUUAAUUUUUAGUCUCUGAUAGCUGUCAUGGAUCGGCAAAACUAGACACCGAUUUAUUGGGGUUUUACCUGUGAUUUAUCUUGAUGGAACUGCAGAUUUUACUUAAAUGGUUUUGGGGAUAGGCUAAUGAAGGAUUACAUAAGCCUAAAUUGAUUGGUAUAUAUAUUAAGCAGAAAGAAGUUAACAUGGAGUUUCAAGCAGUAGUAAUGGCUGGGGGCAAAGGAUCUCGUAUGACAGAUUUAACAUCUAAAUGUUAUAAGGCGGUCCUUCCUAUCGGUAAUAGACCAAUGAUAUGGUACUCUUUAAAUAGUUUGGAAAGAGCUGGUUUUGAAGAUGUGAUUAUAAUAGCUUUAGAAUCAUCAGUUAAUGAAAUACACCGAUCUUUAAGUAAUUGUAAUAUUAAGAUUAAGCUAGAUGUAGUUCCUAUACCAGAUAAUGAAGACUGGGGCACAGCAGAAUCUUUACGAUAUAUAAGAGAUAAAAUCAAGACAGAUGUAUUGGUAAUGAGUUGUGAUUUAAUAUCAGAUUUAAGUUUGCAUCAUAUAGCUAAUCUACAUCAAGCAUAUGAUUCAUCAGCUACCAUGCUAUUAUCAACUUUACCAGAUCAGUUCAUUGAUAUUCCAGCACCAGGUAUAAAAUCAAAGAAAAAAACAGUAGAGAGGGAUUUUAUUGGUUUUGAUGAAAAUGGUAAAAGAGUGUUAUUUUUAACAUCUGAAGCAGAUUUAGAAGAUACCAUAUCUUUUCAGAAAUCAACACUUAAAAGACAUCCAUUCAUUAAUAUACGUUCAAAAUUAACAGAUUGCCAUUUAUAUCUGUUUAAAAAAUGGGUUAUAGAUUUCUUAGCUCAAAAUCAAAAAAUAUGUACAAUAAAAGGGGAAUUGAUACCUUAUUUAGUAAGGAGACAGUUCCGAAGACCAAAGCUUCCAGAUACUGAUUUACCUGGUAAUGUUUCUUUAACACAAACUGACACUAAACCAGAUAUCCAUGAUUUUACAUCUGAAGAUAGUAAUAAUAGUAAAAUAUUAGAAUUAACAACAUGGACAGAUCAUGAAGGAGAUAUGGCUGAUUGUUUUCAUGGGGAAAGUGUAAGAUGCUAUGCUCAUAUACAAGAUGAUGGUUUUUGUAUUAGAGCAAAUACUUUAGGAACAUAUAUUGAAGCUAACAGACAGAUUCCCAAGAUAUUAUCAACUUUGUCAUCCAAUAAAAAUACAAGUAUCAAGUCAGUUCAUCCUUCAGCCAUAAUUAAAGAAAAGUCACAGAUUGGAAGUGACUGUAUAGUAGGUGAAGAUGUACAGAUAGGUGAAAAAGUGUCUAUUAAAAGAAGUAUUAUUGGUAAAAAUUGUGUUAUUGGUGAUAAAGUUAAGUUAACAGGAUCUUUAAUUAUGGACAAUGCUAGGAUUGAUGAAAGUUGUAAUAUUCAAGGGAGUAUCAUUUGUUCUAAAGCUUCUCUAUCAGAGAAGUGUGAGUUGAAAGAUUGUAUUGUUGGACACACUCAAACCAUUAUAGCUAUGGGUAAAUUUACCAAUGAAGCUAUAAUAGAUGUUGACAAAAUGAUGGAAAUUUGAGAGGUUGCCCUGAACUUAAACAUUUGAUAUUUUUUUCAUCCAUGAUAUGCUUGUUUAGGCACAGAUGUCACAUCAAAGUUUUUGAAGGAUUCUUUGACAGUGACAGUGGUCAAAGAAAUCUUUGAAGGACUUUGACAUCGUAUCGUUCUAAAAACUUGUAUGGACUUCGAUAGGAAUUAAUCAAUAGAGAUUAAAGCACAUGGUAAAAAUGGUGGGAUAAGUUAUGUUUAAAAGGAUGACUUUCAAAGCUAAAAAAAUGGGGACAAAUGAAAUGAUCGAAGAAUUGAUUGAAAUGGUGGAGGGCAGACCCGAUAGAUGGAAUAUAAAAUCGAAAUAAUAAAGCCAUUUUACUAUGUGUGAACAUUCAAUUCCAACUUUUUAUUAGACAAGUUAUCAUAAAAACUGUGAUAGUGACCUGGAUCAAGUUUUCUGUUACCAAGCUUUUGAAUGCUAGGAGCGAGUGGAAUUCGAACUUAACUAUAAAAUACAUUGCUUAGUUGUAAAAUGGAGUUAGAACUGUCCAGACUGGCGUGGCUCUAUGCUAGAACUAUUUUAUAUCUGAUAUACAUAAAUAAAAUGGUUGAAAACGC